UGAAACAGUAAUUUAUUGAUAGUCCCUAAGUGAGGAUAGAAGGUGGAAGGUGAACUACUAAGUCUGGGUCAAACUGACCCUGCUGGUAAACAGUGAACAGCACGUUGAUAAAAUACGAUCCAUACACCCUUUGAGACUGAUAAAUGCUUUAAAAUAAACCCUGGAGACACAAAGUACUUUAUAACAUAAAUGAGACGGUUUGAUUGUGUAUAGCCUACAAUAUGGCACGUUAAUAAUACACGUGAAUUCACGUCUCUUUUUCGCUCAAGCAAAGUGCCAGAUCUGAUGAUUUAACCAUUCAACGCACUGCUUUUAUUUCAGGGGGGGGGAUAUCGCUAGUCAGAUAGGCUGCCUAAAUCCUGUCCUGAAUUCACUUGUAGUCAAACCGAAGUUGUGCGCCCCUGACUCUUGAGAUCUCAGUUUAGGAGGAGUUUGUGACUCUUGAGCUCUCCUAGGACCUAAACGUUUUCCACAACGUGAGAGUUGGGUUGAACAGCAACAAUUAGACUACUGGGACAUGUAGACACUUUUGUCGUGCAAAGUUCUAGUCUCUCGGUCAAGUAAACACUUUCUGGGAAAUGAGCCAAACUAGCCGACAGUUAUCUUAUAAAAAAAAUUGGCCAGGGGUUGAGAAAUUAAAGACAGACCGCGUUGUGAACGCUCUCAGCAUGGCGCAAAACCCUGAGGAAAGUCGGAUCUGUUUCACCAAAAACUCAUCGGGAAACAGUUCCGGCAGGCUGAAAGAGACCGGCAACGCAGACCAGAGCACUUAUGGAUCCGGACACAUCAUUCCGCAAGCCUGUGACAUGGAAAAACACUUCUGUCAAACAGCUGCUCCUCAUGAGGAGUUGUUAAACGCUGGCUGUCGUGUGGGCGAGAGUCGCUCUUUUUCUGCCUGCGCCACAAUCUCAGAAACAGCCAGGGAGCUCUGCAAAGCUGUGUCCGUGUCGCUGGGACUGACCACGGAGUCCAAUGACACGAGCGACAUGGACGCUGCUCUCCCCCCGUGCGCUGCACAUGACCACAUACGAAAGGAGUAUUUGUUCGGAGUUGGAGCCGUGCCUCUGAACUGUCCCGGAGCCCGGGCUGCUGCCACCGAGUACAAGAGCCCCGACGAAGAUGACCGACCUCCACACGACCAGAAGCAACAAGUGGAAAUGUUUAAAAGUUCAGAGGCUGCUGCGCGUCUGCAGCACUUCACCUCCGCUCGGACUUCUGUAGAUGAGCAAAACUUCACAUUGUGCAAGGCUGAUGACACAAGUUCAGAAGAGGUAGAUCACCUGGACGCAGCGCGUGCUGCCUCUUGUCCUUAUUCCCAAUCCGCGCCAGGCAACUUGGCACACUUCGGCCAGGCUACGGAGAGGCCGUGCCGUGUCUACAACCCCCCCGAUGAAUCAAGAGACUUCGGGGAAGCCAUGGAGAACAAGUUCGGUGGUUAUCAGCCAGAGCAAUACGGCAUCAGAAUCAAAACCGAGGAGCCCGGACCUGCCAGAGCGUUGUGGGGCAGCAAUUACACCUUUAAUGAGAAGUACAGCUCUCAGUUUUGGGAUUCGCGGCAGUGCAUGAACGCACCAAGCACAGGAGCCAACACCGCAUUAUGUAAUCCAUAUGAGCGGAGCGUCGUGUGCCCCGACCAGUGGUACUCUGGCGGGAUGCUGAGGCCGCCUUAUCCCAGCUCCAACUAUGUGAAGACUGAAGUCGGCGAAUGGCUCGAUGUCCCCUACAGUGACACCAGGUUUGAGGCUGGCAGAGAGCACACAUUCCCCAUGGAGUUCUUCUUUCCACCACAAAGGACAUGCCUGAUCUGUUCAGACGAGGCAUCUGGCUGUCAUUACGGUGCUCUCACCUGUGGCAGCUGCAAGGUUUUCUUCAAAAGAGCUGCAGAAGGCAAACAGAAGUACCUGUGCGCAAGCAAAAAUGACUGCACUAUCGAUAAGUUAAGAAGAAAGAACUGUCCGUCCUGUCGGCUGAGGAAGUGUUUUGAAGUCGGAAUGACUCUUGGAGCACGUAAACUAAAGAAGAUCGGACAGCAGAAAAACCCUGAAGAGGAUCAUUCUGUUCAGGACUCCUUAGAGGUUGUCCAGAAUAUCUCUCCUAAAUCAGGCCUGAACUUCAACUCUCAAGUGGUCUUCCUCAACAUCCUGGAGUCCAUUGAGCCUGAGGUGGUGAAUGCAGGACACGACUAUGGCCAACCAGACUCAGCUGCUACGCUGCUCACCAGCCUCAACGAGCUGGGAGAGAGACAGCUGGUCAAAGUGGUCAAAUGGGCAAAAGGAUUGCCAGGUUUUAGAAACCUCCAUGUGGAUGAUCAAAUGACUAUCAUUCAACAUUCAUGGAUGGGGGUGAUGGUUUUCGCCCUGGGAUGGCGGUCCUAUAAGAACGUCAACAGCAGAAUGCUUUACUUUGCCCCGGAUCUCGUGUUCAAUGAGCAUCGGAUGCACAUAUCCACCAUGUAUGAGCACUGCAUACGGAUGAGACAUCUUUCACAGGAGUUCCUUCUGCUGCAGAUCACUCAGGAAGAGUUCCUCUGCAUGAAGGCCUUGCUGCUCUUCAGCAUUCUUCCAGUUGAGGGUCUGAAGAGUCAGAAGUACUUUGAUGAAUUGCGUCUCACCUACAUCAACGAACUCGAUCGUCUCAUCAACUAUCGGAUGCCCGCCAAUUGUUCCCAGAGGUUCUACCAACUCACCCGACUCCUGGACUCUCUCCAGAUGACAGUAAAGAAGCUCCAUAAGUUUACAUUUGAACUUUUUGUCAAGGCUCAGUCGCUCCCCACCAAGGUCAGCUUUCCAGAGAUGAUUGGAGAAAUAAUCUCAGUACAUGUACCAAAGAUCCUGAAUGGUUUGGCUAAACCCAUUUUGUUUCAUGAGUAUAAGGAUUUUUUUUAAAUCAAGAAGUGACUCAUCUUUGCUGCCUCCGUAAACUUUAACAGAGGGACUGUCUCCCAAAAUCUUCAGUCUAAUAGCUCUUAGACCUGUCCUGGAAUCAUUUUUUCCCUUUUAGCCAUAAUUGAGAUAGUUUGUUGAGAACUAUUAAAGCUUUUACCUGAGGCACUGCAAAACAUCAUCUGCUGACAGCUCUGCUGUUUCUGAGAGCAGAGUUUGUUUUCACCUGGAGCAGAGAUACUACUUUACAUACGCAGUAAGUCUGUAAAUCAUGAUUACAUCAACAUAAAAGUAGCAGGGUUAACAACACACACACUCACACGUGACCUUCAUUAUACAUACACUUGACGAAGUGUUCACGAUAACAAAAAGAUAAAACAACCAACUGCCCAAAGAUGAGAACUGGAUCACAGAAAGAUACACCUACUUUUUUCCAUCAACUUACCAAAAUCUGUUUAUUUAAGUGCUGCCUUCAGGUGCACCCAUGAAGUUCCUUCUGGUAAAAUUGAGAGUGGUAAAUGCAGCUUAGGAGACAUUUAAGUGCUUAAGUGCCUUAAAAUCAGAACUGUAGAUCUCAGAUUGUUUUUUUUUUGUUUGUUUGUUUGUUUGUUUGUUUGUUUUUUAAUUUUCAUAAUUUAACUUUAACAUCAGUUUUAUGAAGCUUUCUAAUGAAUGGGCAAAAUCUGGAAAUUCCUGACAUUCAAGAGUGGCUUUGCUUUGCAUAAAAUAUUACAAUGACAGUCAGUGUAGGAGUGGUAAACAAGCAGUUGAACUGUAAAAGUUUGACCUGAUGUGCUACAUUAUACUUUGUGUAUAGUUAACCUGAAUUAUAAUGAAACUGAGUGGAGUGCUAGUUAUGGAAAUCUGACUAUGUAAUAAUUAAACAGAUAACUGUUACUGCAGGGGUCACAGAAGAUUUGCUCUCAGUUGUGUUUUCUGCCUCUUUGAGGCGCAGAUUUGCUGCACAGCCAACUGAAGUGUUUCUCAAGGCAAUCGAAGGCAGCUGUAAUAUAUUUGCUUUUCACUAUUUGAUUAUCUGACAAUAAAAAAAAAUGUAUGGACCAUACUGUAUUCAUCCAGUAUUUGGACAAGUGUUGUAUUUGGUAGCAAGCAUACAAACAAAACCUCACUUUGAGUGUUAAGAAGAAUAUCUGAUCUGGUCUUUACUAUUUGUUUUUGAGUACUUCUGACAUACCAUACAUGAUCAGUAGUACUGUACUGAAAGUAAAGAAUAAUGCAAAAUCUCAGCUAAGAGAUUAUCACAAGAGAAAUGAACUGAGUUCUAUACUAUAAAACUGUAAACAGUAGUCAAUGAAGCACAUUGCAGCCAUCUCCAAAACACACUGCAUGUUUAUUGUCGCUCUGCACUUGGCACCUUUUCUCAUCACAUUGACAGCAAAUCUGUAGAGCUUUUUUUCUCAAUGUUACUAAUUUUACAGUGUUAACUUAUAAAUAUGUAGUGAGUAAACCUGUUAAAGACGAUACCUGAUAUGGGUAAAGUUUGAGAAAAUAGCUUGUGAAGAAAUAUUGAUACUUUAUUACACUACAGCUUCAAAGUUAUUAAUAAUUAAAUAAUAAGAUAAGACUUAACAGUUCAAUCCAAGCAAGGCAACUUUAGUGAGCUAACAGUAACUUAUAUUUUUACGUCUUGCACCAAGUCUGAAUAAUAAAUACAUUUCAAUUAAAAUGAUGAAAUUUUAAAGAAAUUGCAGCAGAAAUAAGCCAGACUACGUCUGUUUAGACGUGGUGCUUUUAGAAAGUAUCAAACUACACUCUGGAUUAUUUUUGUAAAAGCAAAGCAAAGCAAGGGCAUAUGACUAAUUAUAUGAGCUAGAAGCAAAAGAUUAAUUGAUAAAUCUACAACUGAGUCCUCUGCUAUAUUGGAAAGUGCAGCUCUGUACACAUCCACUGUCCCCAACCUGGUGUUGACAGUUUUGUGCUGUGGGCGGUGGGUUGCAGCAGUGGGGACUGAUAGACUUGCAGGGAAACAAGAACGAAAGCAUGGCAAUACAGGAAAAUACAGAACGAGGACUUGAUUCAGAGUCACAGAGAUCUUAAGCUUGGGCAGUAAUGUUCCAGCAGGACAAUAAACAGAAACUUAAUGUCAACUCAAAACUGGAAGGGCUUCAGAUGUUAAAGUGUUAAAGUCCUUGACUGGCCCUGCCAAACCUCAGAGAUGAAAGCAAAGAAAAAAAUCUGUGGAAUGCCUUGAAGAUAGCCGAUCACGGACAUCUGAAUAAAGCCGUUAAAGCAGCAAUUAAUUAAGAUGAAUACAUUUGUUAAAUUUGAAAAUAAAUAAAUAAAUAAAUAAAGCGAGAGGCAUUUUUUGCAUACAGCUUGGACUACAUGGUGCAGAGUGUAUAUGAAACAGCAUCUCUCAGUAAAUUAAGUAGAAUUGUAGCAAAUCAAUGUGUUUUUCACUAUACUAACAAAGACAAAACUUUAACUAUAACUCUGUAAACUCACCACUUUUUAACAAUUCGGCAUCUCUUUUACCAGCUCGUAGAUGCAUGCAUCAUGUGUUUGUAUAACCGUAUGUAAGUUUUAGCUUCACAGAAAGCAAUGCAUAGACAUCCAUGUAUUCCUCCGAGUACCUUUUUUAGUGUAUACUGACUGAUAAUGUCACCAUUGGUCAAUGCAUGCUGUCAGAGCGCAUGAUAGCAUUUUGUUGUGCAGUGUUAAGUGAUAAGUUGAUCAUAACAGUCAGGUUCACAUUAACCGAUUUGUUUGUAUGUGACUCUUUGAUAAACUUCAGUGGAAUGUUUAGGGUACUUUAUCUGCAUAAAUGAAUGUCUCCAUCUUUACUAUGUUAUAUCUGCUAUGUUAAAAUAAACAAGGGAGAAGAGGGAAUCCAGUAGCUAUGGGCAAAUACAGGUGAUACAUGAGACAUGAGCCCAACAAAACAGCUUAAAUUAUAGCCCUGACACGUCAGUGAGUGUCUGCUGUCAUUUUAGAAAGCAACAGUUCAGAGUUAAGUUGAAAUUCCACAAAAGUUUAAUUAAUUACAUAAGUACCCAAAUUAUGAGUACAGUAUUUGCAUGUGCAAAAACAGUAAAAUGAUUCAGACUAUAGGUAUUGUAAUGAAGCACAUGAUGCUUAAGUUAUGCAAAAAUUCAGAAAAAGACGUUAAACAAGCCAUCUUACAUUUCCUGAAUGCACUAUAUUCUAAGACUGUUGUUACACAGUUAAUAUUUUACUCUUUAUCCUUGAAAUUAACAUUGGGUCUGUAAUGUUGUAGGGUUUUUUUUUUGCUUUGUUUAGUUGUUUUUUGUAAUGGUGUUUAGCUUUAUUACAUAUUACACAUGAAGGCAUUACCUGUGCCUGAUAAUCGCACACCUCAAUGAGCCACAUAGAUGCCCAUGUACAUUUUUAAUUGUAAUAUGAUUUAAUCACUUUAGGCUGCUGUGUUUGUAUUAUGUCAGUUGACAAUAGCUGGUAUGUGCCCAGUGUACUGCAUAUUAACUUGGUUCUUUGUACAUGCUACAGUAAGUGUAUAUAUUGAUUAGUUUACUGUCUGUUUUGGUGUCCAAACACUCGACUUUUAAAGUCAUCUCUUGUAUGAUUUAUACCUUUUGUGGCCUGUGUUUUUCAAUAUGUGUGUUUUUCAAAGGUGUAAAGCUGCAUCAUCUUUUAAAGGCAAUUAAAAUAAUUCAGACUCUGA